AUGAAGCAGCCUGUUGUAGCUAGUGUCAUCGAGUUCUCAUCGAAACUCAUCAUGGUGAAUACGAACAAUAUUCUCGCGGCAUUUGCCAUCACCUUUCUGGCCUCUUUAUCUCUAAAUUCGGCUUACGUCAAGCACAAUUUAGAUAUUCCUAAAACCUUUGAGAAACAUUUCGAUCAUGAACUGCGACCAUUUCUUCGGGAAAAGAGAGAGAAGGAAGCCGAAGUAUUCCAUCCAAGAAAUAAUAAUCCUUUGGAAUUAGAAGAAGAACCAUUGGAACCAAAAUUCAUCUAUGAGAGAAGAACGCUCGGAGAAGAGGCAAAGGACGUUAAAAAAAGCGAGGAGCAAGAGAAACUGAAUAUCGAGCCUAAAACAAACAACGAUAUUGCAGAAGAAAAGGAAGAUGCUCAGGAUGACGUAUUUUCGUACAGAAAUAUGCACGAUCUCAUUCAAGCAUUGAUUCUUGCGGAUGAAGAGGACAUUGCUGAGAGAUUGCAACAAUUGCGAGAGAAUACUACAAAAUCUGAGAGGUUUAGUAAUUUGCCGAAGCGUCAAGCGGUCGCAUCCGCAGCCGCAGCCGCAGCCGCAGCCGCAGCCGCCUCAAAUGGACUUGUCGGAGCGAAUCCGUGGGAUGUCAUUCCUCUGGUCGAUCUGGAUGCUCACUCUUGCGAGGUCGAGGCUUUCUCACACGGUCACUUCCACCUAUCGGGUACGAUCGUGCACGAGUUCUUCUGUGAGCUGAGGAAAUUUUGGCAUUACGGCCUGAUCGUCUUGCGGAACUUGAGGUCCGGGCUUAGCUUGGGGCCAUUGAUAGCUGAGGAUGUCUCCGACAACAUUUUUAGCCACUUGUUUCAUCACACCUCGCAUCUUCUCCACGUCGUUAUCAGAGAACCUCAUCAUUUGCUGAUUUUGCCCGAUAUAAUUCAAGAUGCCGUACCGUUUCCCAGCAUCAUUGGUGCCAUUCACCGGCUCAAACACGUCUUCUUCAAAGUGCUGCACUUUGGAAUCGAUCUCUUCCGCACACACGUUCGUCACAUCCUCGCGCAUUUGUUUUCUCAUCUACGUUUGGGCCUGCAUCACUGGAGAAGAUUCAGCUCGGUACUUCCGCUGGAGGAAAUAGUAGCAGAACCGAUCGUGUCUACAGCGGCGUCUGCGGCGUCUGCGGCCACCCCCCCCGCGGGCGGCGCGGGCGCGGGCGACGCCAACGGCAACGGCGACGGCGACUGCGGCCACCACCGAACUGGUGUAAGAGGCAUCGCUUUGCCCUCGGCGUUCUCCAAAAUCGGCUCGUACUUGUCAAGAAUACCCUUCUGUGGUAACUUUGGGUACGGACCGAUUGAACAGAGCACCACAGUGACGGCGUCCAGCGCGUCUAGCGCAUCGAGCUCCAUUGCUAUUGGUAGUGGCCCGGUAGUAAGCCCAGUGAUAGAACCGAUAGCACCUGUCGCUCCUAUCAAGACUGAAAUUGCGAGCUCCUCGGCGUCCGCUACCGCCACCGCCACCGCCACCACCACCGUCGCCGAGACGCAGCCGGUAUUUUCCGCUGGACCGAUGAUAGUGGAAUCACCGGUAGUAUCAGGUUACCCGACUGCAUCUCUGAUUCAACCGGAAGUCGUGCCCAGUGUUUUCGAGGACAACGUGGCAACCGCCUCCGCUGCAGCUGCUUCCUCAGCGGCAAACGUCAUCUCGACCCCUGUUGCUGGACGAGUGCCACUCACUCUUCCGUUGCGCAAAUACAGGCCGAGCCUGUCCACUGUCGUACCCGCGGCAGCGACCGUGGCCGCAGCCGCAAGCGCAUCCGCUUCCUCGGGAGGUGAUCGCACCGUCCUCGGACCGUCUCCAUAUCGUGGCCUUGAUCUGGACAUUGAUCGCAGAAUUAAAUAUCCACUUCGUUCGCGAAUCUUACCCGUCGUGGUUCCGUCAUCGGCUGCCGCCUCAUCAGCCGCCUCAUCAGCCGCCUCAUCAGCUGCCGCAUCAGCCGCCGCAUCAGCCGCCGCAUCGACCUCCUCGGCCGUAGCUAGCAGCUCUGCCAUUUCCUCGGGUGGUUUCAACAUCGUCCUGCCCAGAGAACAGAUAAUUAGCGCUCUCGGUUAUGAUUACCUACUGCCGGGCGACAUCAUUUCGGUCACCCUGAGGAACAAAUCGAUCCUGUUCGGCCGCGUACUCGAUGCCACCAGCCCAAUCACCUUCAGUUUUCUAAGACCGAAAAUACGUGCCUCUUUACUCCACCACGGUGGACGAGUCUGGAAGCUCCUGCCUAGAGACUUCAAGAAUCCCGAGUGCUAUAAGAAAUUUAACAAUCCUCUACUCUUGCGUUACAGUCUUUAA